AUGUCAACACCAGGGUCACCAGUGAUACCCCAGGGCGGAUUUGCUCACCACACAAGAACACCAUCCACAACUUCAUCCUUAAGUGAGCACCAAAUAUCUUACAAAAAGCCGGUAAAGAUCAAGAAUGAAUUGAAUGAAAAGAGAAGAAAGGCAUUGAAAGAAUACUACAAGUUGAAGAAGCAAGAAAAAGAAUUGAAAGAGUCACAGGGCCCUAAAGAAAGAAAAGAUAGUGUACAUGAUAUUGAUUCUGAUGGUGAAGUUACAGAAGGACACCCUGUAAAAGAGAUUGAUUUCUUGAACUCUGAUUUCAAGGAUCUUGUGAAGGAUACAAAUACUUUAACAUCAAGUAUAAACUUGAUAAAUUCAUCUAUAAAGAACAUCAUUUACAACAACUAUUAUGAGUUGAUCAAAUUGAAUGAAUUUUUAAAAGAUUUGAAUGAAUUGGAUUUAUCUAAAUUGAUCAUACAAGAUGAAGAUAAUAAGACAAACAAAAAGGAUGCAUUGAAUUUACUAAACGACACCAUGGAUAAUGCUAGUGUAAAAUCUAUAAAACUGGAUGGAGGUGAUGGGUUUACAAAGUUAAAAUCAUUAAUGAGUGAGAUUGAAGAACUAGAUAAAAAGGAGAUCAAGAGUAACACAGAGUUAUCCAACAAUAAAGUUGCUGAAAACAUAACGUCAUACUUGAAGAUAGAGAAAAAAGAAGAUAUCAGUGAAGCAAAGGACGAAAUUAAAUCAAAUAUGGAGAAAUUGAUAGCACAAGUUAAAGGGCAAGAAGACAAAGAAACGCUACUUCGUCAAUUGGAAGAGAUACAGAAAAAAUUAUAA